GUGUUUGUCCAUAAUAGGACACAGUCAGACCUGCUGGGCAGACAACGAGCCAGUCCAUGUUUAGACCCGAUCCCGGCGGACUGACUCGGAUCAUCUUGACGGUUUGUGUGUUACUGCUGCUCCCCGCUGUCUGGUUCUGGUCCAAUCUGGUUCUGGUUCCUGCUGUAGUCCUGUGAGGUUCUGUUCUCCAGCCAACAUGUCGGGUUUCAAUCUGCUACAUCUCAUAACCAAGAGUCAGCCUGUAGCUCUGAAGGCCUGCAGUCUGCCCUCAGGUGCUCGGAGGAGUAAGAGAACAUGGCCUGUGAGUUUCUCUCAGGAGGAGCUGAAGCAGCGCCUCACCCCGAAGCAGUACCAUGUGACCCAGGAGAGAGGCACCGAGAGUGCUUUCACAGGCGAGUUCACGGACCAUAAAGACGAGGGGACAUACACCUGUGUGGUCUGUGGAGCUCCUCUGUUCAGCUCUAACACCAAGUUUGACUCGCACUCAGGAUGGCCGUCGUUCUUUGACAUCCUGAAGGAAGAGUCCAUCUCAAACUCAGACGAUUUUUCCUACGGCAUGCACCGAGUCGAGACCACCUGCAGCCAGUGUGGGGCUCACCUGGGUCACAUGUUUGAUGAUGGACCUCGGCCAACAGGAAAACGUUUCUGCAUUAACUCCGCCUCCCUGUCCUUCCAGCCCAAACACCCCUCCUCCCCCCCUCCCUCCUCCCCCUCUGGGGCAGCGGGUGGAGCUUCCAGCAGAGCUGGAAGUGAGGAGAAGACGGAACUGUGAUAGGCAGUUUAAAGUUUUAAGGUGCAUUUAGUGGAGGUGAUCACAGGUGAAGACCUGAAACUGUGUGUUAGUCCGGCUCUGAUCUUCUGUGUGUGUUUUUCAGUAUAACUUUAUUUAUAACCCACUGACUGACAGCAGCAGUGGCCUCUGGGGGAGAGAGAGUCACAUCGCUGUGUCGGAGGGAAACGUAACGGGGUGUUCACACCAAACGCAAAUAAAAUCAUUCACGCAAAUGAAUCACAUAUUAAAUCAAUGUAAAGACGCAAAUAGACGCAAGUCGAGAGACACGAAUUAUGCAAAUUGACGCGAAUCAUCCGUGCCAGGAUAGCCAAUCAGUGUACAGAUCCUCCGGUGAUGUAUGAUGCGACGUACGGACCGGUGGAGGUUCAUUGAUUGUAUCUCUGUGCAGCUUGAACUCUGUGAUUCUACCUGUUUUUAUGGGAUCAGGAAUAAACAGGAGCUCACUGUGAGGACAGAGAGGGAGGAGGAUUAUCUGCUGAGAUGUGAAAACCCGGCUUCACCAUUCAAUGUAGUCGAGCUCAACCUUGUUCGAAAGACGACAGACUGGAGCGGCGUUUGAAGGGAACCCCUCCCCCUCUAGUGAAAAUGUGCAUCUUGGGCACUCGUGUAUGUGCGAUUGAGCAAGAACCAAAAAAUAUUCUAGCCAAAAGCGACAUCAUUGGCGUUUGGUGUUAAUGCUACAUAAAGGAGACUGUUUUUGAAUUUGCACUUUCCUACAUUGACCAGCAGGGGGCGUCAUGUCGUCAUGACUGAGUCAGACUAACAAACCGAAACAGAUUCUCUCACCUUAAAAACACCUACUCUGUGACUCAGUUAAACAGGAGCGAAGUGUUAAACAAUAAGCCUCUCAGAAAAUGAAACAGGCUGCAGGGCCUUCAUGAUUCCCUCUGCAGAGAUUUCUGAAUAUUUAGGAUAUAUUUUUGGAGUGAUAUAGAUUAAAUGAUGUGUUAUGAACUGUGGCCUUAAAGUUUAAUAAAUAUUUAAAAAUAAA